UACGCGUACACAGGGGUACGCAUACUUACUAAUUUGAAUUGAGAGAUACUUGUGAGACCACAUAAUCAUAACGCGUAUUGCGCACGCCGUCCCCUAUCCUAAACAGCCUCGCCCCGACUCCUCGCCUCCGCCAAACUUAGUAAGAUGGCGUACCGCAGGUCGUCGUCCAUAUCCUCCAAGUCUUCGACAGACGUUCCAGAUGGCUCGGAAGGAGCCCCGUUCGCCGUCGACGCAGCCCAAGCCCCGGCAGGCGCAGACGAUGAAGUGGGUGCAGGCUCAGACGAUGAAGUGGAUGCAGGACCCGAAGCGGAUGCAGAACCCCACGCGCCCUCCGCGGACCUCGACGAAGGUGCAGCGGUCGACACCACAGCAGGCGCCCUGGUCGACAUACCGGCAGGCGACGCCCUUACCGGCGGUGUGCUCGUGCCCGACACCCGCCUCGUAUUCGAGCCUGGGGUCAUCCUCAACGGCGUGCUCCACGCCGAGGGCACCGACGACGGAGGGCUAGACGAGAGCGGCGGGCUGAAACGCACAGACGUGGAGGGCAGGCUGGGACGCACAGACGGAGGACUGGGACACACAGAAGACGAGGGCGUAUGCGGCGCCACCGGCGGAAACGCGACCUCGUCGUCCAGGGUGGCGACUGCCAAGGAUGGUGACGGCGGCGACGUCAAUGCCCAGGCGGAAAUGGCCGGCGGUGAUGCCCUAGCGGAAGUAGCUGGCGGCGACGCGCGAGACGUAGAUGCGAGGUUCGAAUGUCCAGAAGGAGGGAUCGGACGCCCAGCGGAAGGCGACGCUCUCUGCCCGCCCUCCGCAUCCGUCCGUCCACCUGACGAAGAGCUCGCGUAUGAUAGCGACGAGAUGCCGGACGAGCCCGGCGAGUCAUCCACGCCCGCCGGAGACCCGUCGUCCGCGAACGACCCAGCGUCAAGUUCACCGUCAAACACGCCCUCGUCAAAUGCACCGCCACCGUGCAUAGCCGACGAUCCAUCGCCGUACAUCGAGGAGGACGGCCGCUCAUCUGGCGCGCGCGCAUCCCCAAACAGCUCCUUCAUGCGCUCCGCCUCCCGCUCCCUCUGCGCCGCCUCCUCCCGGCUCAGCAUCAUAACAUACUCCAGCGCCUCCGCCUCAUCGAGCCCCAGCGCGUCCAUCUUCGCCUGCUGCACACGCGCCUGCUUAGGCACAGCGUUCUUGGAUCCAGACGCAUCUCUCGCGGAUCCGCGUGCGUCCCAGGCCGAUGCCAUCCCCUCCUUGAUCUCGAUUUUCUCUAUGGGUCAUGUUAGCGCUUUAACCUUCCCAGACGGAAUAAGCUAGCCCACUCACGUUCGUACUGCACCCUCUCCCUCCACGCUCGGCCCUUGCCCUUCGCGCCGACCAUGACAUGGCGCUGUGAUUUCGGCACCUUC